AUGAUGUCACAUAAAUUUAAAUUGUUCUUAGUAAUUUUGAUAUUUCAAGUGGUGCUCUCUUCUAAAAUAAGAAGGGUUAAAAGAGAUUAUAAAAAAACAUCCAUCCUUGAUACAGGAAAAGGAAUGAUAGGCAUUUUUUUGAACAAAUCUAUCAAAAAUUUACAACCAUUAAGAAAGCAUUACUACUGGAGAAUACACCACCACGACCAUAACAGGGAAGAUGUCAUGCAAGAUGUACUUGUUUUACCAAGAGAUAUAACACUAUGCGGAGAAGGUACAGAAAAUUUUUGCCCGCUUGGUACUACAGCAUUGUGCACCAAAAACAGCGCUAUAAGAUGCCUGACAAGUUUAUGGUCAACAGAAAUAUGCGAUAAUAGUUUUUUCCAUCAUUGUGCUAAUGUAAGUUUACCAUGCGAUAUAUACACUCCACAAUGCAGAACUAUUAGUAAAAAGUACUUCAAUGUAAUGUUGCGUUGCAUAUCUAUAGUGAACGUUUACGCAAAUUUGGUGUACCUAAAUGGUACCAUGGCUGCUAAAAAUUUGGUCAAAGUUUAUCCUCCGAAUUUUUUUUGCGAAACCAUUUUGGCCAUGCCGGCUAAAUUGACAAAAGGCGAAGAGGUUUUCAUCAAAACUAGCGAUAUUUUUGGAGAAUUUGCUGUUAAAGCUUUGGGAAUCAAUCGACGAUAA